AGAGAUAGGGAGGGGAAGCACCUCUGCCGCUCUCCUCGCCUCCUCUCCUGUGCGCAGUGCUCCGGCCCGACCGCUCCUACCUUCCCUCCUCAUUUCCUCCCCACAGCUGUCUCUCUCUCUCUCUCUCUCUCUCUCUCUCUCUCGUGCGCGCGCGCGCUCUUUCUCCCCCUUUCUGAUGCUGGCUGUCCUUCUCUCACGCCACCGAGCCGGAGGAAACCCUUGGCAGGGCUGGAAUAACUGACUACCUGUUUUCCGUGGUCUGAAUUUUCGGGGGGCGGGGGGGGAGGGAGGAUUCUGCGCGUCGGCAAGGAGGAGAGUCGAGAAGGAAGAAGGGAGGCUCUCCAUCCCCGGGGGAGAUUUGAUUUUACAGAGGAAUGCCAGUGCCUGAGGUGGCGUCUGACAGUGCCAGCGCCGCCGCCAUGUUGAGCCCCGUCCUCAAUGCCUCCAACGGAGACGGCUCCGAGUCUGAAACCACCUCCGCCAUCCUCGCCUCCGUCAAGGAACAGGAACUGCAGUUUGAACGUCUGACCAGGGAGCUGGAGGCCGAACGACAGAUUGUUGCCAGUCAGCUGGAGAGAUGCAAGCUCGGCUCUGAGACUGGAAGCAUGACUAGCAUCAGCUCCGCAGAUGAGAAGUUUCGCUGGAACAACCAAGAUGGACAGAAGGACAUAGAGGAGGAACUGACGACUGGCCUGGAGCUCGUAGACUCGUGCAUCAGGUCGCUUCAAGAGUCCGGCAUCUUGGACUCGCAGGACGCUUCUACAGGAGACAGACAAGGACUGCUCUCUCAAAGCGCUUUGCAGCUCAACAGCCAGGAUGCCUAUGCAGCUGCCGGUUACCAUAGCAACCAAGGGCUGACGCUCGGGGAAACGGUGGCGGCGCGCGGCGGGCAGGUCGGAGGCGCUGUUCACAGCUACAACCAGGUGACAUGCAGCCGUGCAGCCGCCCAGUUGGUGGACUUGCCCUCUCAGUCCCAGAGAGACCCGUUUGCCCAGCAGGUCCUCGGCAGCGCCUUACACAUGUCCACCGACGGCGGACCCGCACCUGCCGGACCGUCCAUGUAUUACUCCUGUGCCACUUUGCCUGCUCAGCGUGUCAGCUCCCCUCUGCAGGCGGUGGGAUCUCCCACCAAGCUGCAGCGCCUGGGCUCAGCCUCCGCCGACAUGCCCAGCUACGCCACGCUGCAGAGAGUGUCUUCACCCAAACAGUCGCCGAGCCGACUUGCAAAAUCCUACAGCACUUCAUCGCCCAUCAAUAUGGCGGCCGGUUCCUCCUCCCCGCUCCCCAUGGCCACCUCCCCCGGUGGGAACCACACCUCAUUGCCCAUCCACCAGCUCAGCUCGGCCGUGGGAAGCUACGCCACCCUGUCGCCCACCAAGCGCAUGCUGCAUCACAUCGGAGCGGACAGCUACAAGAUCUCCCACGAGCUUUACGCCAACGCAACCCUGCAAAGGCCUGGGAGCCUGGCAGGUCGAGGCUCCAGGGGUUCGUACAGCAGCCAGCACAGUCACCUGGGCUCCGAACUGCGGCCCCUUCAGUCCCCCGAGCACCACAUUGAUCCCAUCUACGAGGACAGAGUCUACACCAAGCCCAACCUUAGAGGACAAGCCCCGUCCUCCCCCGGUGUUGACCCAAUCCCCUUGCAGCGAACGGGAAGCCAGAGCGCCGCCGGCACCUUCCAGAGAGCCAGCUUCGCCACGGGAGGCGGGGCGGCCGACUACGCCAAUCCGUACCGCACUCUGCAGUUCUGUCCCUCCACCGAGUCCCCUUACAGCAAGUCGGGCCCGGCCCUUCCCCCUGAACCUGCUCUGGGCAGGUCUCCAUCGGUGGACAGCAUCCAAAAGGACCCAAGGGAGUUUGGCUGGAGGGAUCCAGAGCUGCCGGAGGUGAUCCAGAUGUUGCAGCAUCAGUUCCCGUCGGUCCAGUCCAACGCUGCAGCCUACCUCCAGCACCUCUGCUUUGGGGACAACAAGAUCAAAUCUGAGAUUCGCCGACAGGGCGGCAUCCAGCUGCUGGUGGACCUGUUGGAUCACCGGUUGACAGAUGUUCACCGCAGCGCCUGCGGAGCCCUGAGGAACCUGGUGUACGGCAAAGCCAACGACGACAACAAGAUCGCCUUGAAGAACUGCGGAGGGAUACCCGCUCUGGUCCGACUGCUGAGGAAGACCACCGACCUGGAGAUCAGGGAGCUGCUCACAGGCGUUCUGUGGAACCUGUCGUCAUGCGACGCCCUGAAGAUGCCCAUCAUCCAGGACGCCCUGGCCGUGCUGACCAACGCCGUGAUCAUCCCGCACUCGGGCUGGGACACGUCCCCCCACACCCAGGAGGACCGCAAGCUUCACCUGCACUCCUCCCAGGUCCUCCGCAACGCCACAGGCUGCCUCCGGAACGUGAGUUCUGCCGGGGAGGAAGCGCGGAGGAGGAUGAGGGAGUGCGAAGGCCUCACAGAUGCCCUGCUUUACGUCAUCCAGACCGCUCUGGGGAGCAGCGAGAUAGACAGCAAGACCGUGGAGAACUGCGUGUGCAUCCUGAGGAACCUGUCCUACCGUCUGGCUGCGGAGACGUCGCACAGUCAGCAGGGCGGCUCCGAGGAGCUGGACGGCCUGUUGUGCGACACCGGUGGCAAAGACGCGGAGAGUUCUGGGUGCUGGGGGAAGAAGAAGAAGAAAAAGAAGGGCCACGACCAGUGGGACGGCGUCGGACCCUUCCCGGACUUGGCUGAGCCUCCGAAAGGCAUCCAGAUGUUGUGGCACCCCACCAUCGUCAAGCCCUACCUCACGCUGCUGUCUGAGUGCUCCAACCCGGACACGCUGGAGGGAGCAGCCGGGGCUCUGCAGAACCUGGCCGCCGGCAGCUGGAAGUGGUCCGUCUACAUCCGAGCCGCAGUGCGCAAGGAGAAGGGCCUGCCCAUCCUGGUGGAGUUACUGAGGAUAGACAACGACCGGGUGGUCUGCGCCGUGGCUACGGCCUUGAGGAACAUGGCUCUGGACAUUCGGAACAAGGAGCUUAUCGGCAAAUACGCCAUGAGGGAUUUGGUGCAUCGCUUACCCGGAGGCAGCAACAACAACAACACCAGCGGCGGCGGAGUAGGAGGCAGCAUCAACAGCAGCAUCCUGGGGGGGAAGACCAUGUCUGACGACACCAUCACCGCGAUCUGCUGCGCGCUCCACGAGGUCAUCACCAAGAACAUGGAGAACACCAAAGCCCUGAGGGACGCCGGUGGAAUCGAGAAGCUCAUCGGCAUCGCGCGCACCAAGGGAGACAAAAUUCCCAGACAUAGUCCCAAAGUGGUGAAAGCGGCAUCGCAAGUCCUCAACAGCAUGUGGCAGUACAGAGACCUCCGGAGUCUUUACAAGAAGGACGGCUAUUCGCAGUACCAUUUCGUGGGCUCCUCCUCCACGAUAGAGCGGGACAGACAGCGGCCGUAUUCCUCCUCUCGCACGCCGUCCAUCUCUCCGGUGCGGACUUCCCCGAACAACCGGUCAGUGAGUGCUCCCGCGUCCCCCAGAGAGAUGAUGGCAUUGAAGGAGAGGAAGGCAGACUACGAGUCUACCGGCAAUGCCAGUUUCCAUGGCAACAAGGGCGAGCACACGUCCCGGAAGGACGCCAUGACGGGUCAGAUCACAGGUGGAUCUUCAACCCUGCACAGAGGAGCCUAUGUGUCCCCUACUGAUGAUCUGAAGUAUAACCAGGUCUCUUCCCAAGGCUUACCAUCAGAGCCCUAUCCUCCUUUCCAGAACCCCCCGCCACCGGACAGCAGCAACUACGAGGACCAGGCCUUCUAUGACAGCCAGGUCCACCCGGGAGGCCGUCCCCCGCAGGGCGACCUCAAUAUGCACCUACAGGGACUAAAGUCCACUGGCAACUAUGUAGACUUCUACUCGGCCUCCAGACCCUACAGCGAGCUCAACUAUGAGACCAGCCACUACCCAGCCUCACCGGACUCUUGGGUCUGAAGGGACACGAGGAACGGAGGAGGACAAGACGAAUGACGGGGAGAAGGAGGGACGGUUGAUGUUUGGAGUUCAAGCUGAGAGGACAUUUUGCCUCCCUCCUCUCCCUCUCCCCUGUAGUUUCUGAGUAGCAUUAUAGAUAGCAAGACAAAGGAGGAAGAGGAGGACGGAGUAGUAGAACGGAGACAUUGGGACAGCACACUCCUUUCAGAGACGUCUGAGGACGGCACGAGAGGGGGCCGACGGGAAGAAGAGCUGCCACGCAUGUGCAUGCACACCACCAAUCGGACACAUUUUGUUCAUGUGUUGCGUUUCUGAUCAACAAGUGUUUUCAAAGAGUGCUCAGCUCAGCAGGAAGACCUCGUACCCCUGAGGGACGAGACAGACGUGAGGAGAGAGUCUGAAUGUACAGGGUACAGGGAGGGAGAAGAGAAAGGGAGGAAGGUUUGGGUCGGCGAUUGCUUUGGGGAUCGGAAGGACGGCGGCGGGAGAGGGACACGGUGAAAGUGGUCGUCUGUAAAUAUGUGCUAUAGCAACACGGCUUGUAGUAACGUGAAGCACAAGAGGCAGAGCUGUCAGACGUUUAGUAUGUCACUCGUACUUUUAGUUUGGGCUUCAGCGAGGUGUCUCCUUCUCUGGGCUGACGAACGGGAAACAUUUUGAUGGUUUUGGUUUUUUUGUCCGUUUCUUUCUACUUUUUUAAAUUUCCGUGUAUAGUCUUUGAUGUCCCACUGUACGUUGACGCAGAUGCAUUGUGUACUGUACAUUGCACUAUUUCUCAUGUUCUUUUCUGGCCUUUUUAGUUUGUUGUUUUGUUUUAUAUUUCUUUUUGCCACUGGGUCAGCCUCACCUGAUAACCUGGCAUCACACGGAAUAGCCGCGCUUCAAAUCUCACACCACAGUCGUCUGUUCGUCGCUAAUGUGAAACACUGGAGAUGAACUGCUGGGUCACGGUGCUCCUUUCACUGCCCUGCUGUUAGCAGACGGUACCGCUGCCAGGAAUAGCCGGAGAGAGAGAGAGAGACUGACACGCCAUUCCUUCUCUGCUCGCUUUCGCUUUUCUAGGCUAGCUUUUGCGCUUCGACGUCGCAAAUCCCCGCUCUUUGUCGUUUAGGGGAAGAGCCUUCCUCAGAACGACUCGUCACCCGUUGUUGUAUAUAACCGUGCCAAACAAGCGUGAUAACGUCCCCUCGGCUUAACGGAGUGCGUCAAAGGGUCCAAGUUCAGCUGAACAGCCUCUCGGUUCAGACUAUGCUAGUUUGUACAUGCUUUGUUUUUAUGUUGUUUUUUUUAACUGUGUUAUACUGAAAUUAAAAUUGUCUAACUUGCACCAACAAGAAGAAAAACCCCCACACACACACACACACAAAAAAUAAAGUAAAAAAAAAAAAAAAGUAAAACCCCACUGAGGGACAGCGGGGCCCCGGCAGAGCUUCACUCGCUCCGAUGUUGUACAAAAUUAGUUGAUUUCUGUGUUGUAAAAUAGUCAAUGUUUGAAGUACAAAACAAAGAAGAAAAACAAACUUUUCUGAGAGAUGGGUGGCAGUUCUAAUUUCAUGGUAGACAAAUCUGUUAAUAGAGUACGGAUAUAUAUUAUAUAAAUGCAAAUAUAUACUUUUUAUGUGCAGAUGUGGAUGUCACUUAUAGCAGCAACAGUAACGGGAAAAGACUUGUUAAAACAAACAAACAAACAAAAAAAAACAACAGCUACAUGUAGGCAUUUUGUUCACAUCUUCUUUUCUUGUCAACACACUAAAUUGUCAGCUUUGUGUAGUAACGUUGUUGCUAUGUGGAGGAGAGCAGCCCAGGCGCCAGGGAUCUACGUUGUCGCUGAUUCAAGCCAACAAGGUGCUACAUUUGUUGAGUAUUACCAACGUGUCGGUGUUUUAACAGUGCACAAACCAUCUCCGGAUUACUCUGGGUGUCUACACGGCCUUGCUAGAGUAUUCACACUGCUUGGACUUUUCUUUAAUGCUUGUUGUGCCGCGCAACACAAACUCCAGUGGACUUGAAUUGGAUUCCGCUGGAUAGAUGGGUUGUGAGUGAGAAGAAAAGAAAUCCAUCUUGUUUUUUUUUUUUUUUUUUUACUUAAAUAAAAUCUGGAAAGCGUGGCAGACAUUUGCAUUUACAGUCAACACACUGCAAAAUAAAAACAACAAAAUUUUAAAAAGUGUUUUUUCCCCUAGUUUCUGGUGGAAAUAUCUUGGAAAAGUUGCAAAUGGCAAAAAAAAAACA